CGUCGUGUCGUUCGUGUCUAAUUGCUCGACGCUCGUUGCCUUGUUGCCCAAGUUCUCUCCGAGCAGUCGUCGCUGAUACAUUCUCCUUCCCGUGGUGUUGCGGACAUUUUUCUGUGAGCGAAGAACAGAUCCCAGAGAAGCUAACAACUCAAGCGAAGCACAGUGAAGAAGAAGUAAAAGGAGGAGGAGGAGAAGAAGAAGGUUUAACGUUAACAAUGGCAAGGUACGACCGCGCGAUCACGGUGUUCUCUCCGGACGGCCAUCUUUUUCAGGUGGAAUACGCCCUCGAAGCCGUCCGUAAAGGGAACGCCGCCGUCGGAGUCCGCGGCUCCGACGCCGUCGUGCUCGGUGUCGAGAAGAAGUCCGCCGCCAAACUACAGGAUUCUAGGACAGUUAGGAAGAUUGUAAAUCUGGACAAUCACAUUGCUUUGGCCUGUGCUGGGCUGAAAGCAGAUGCUCGUGUCUUGAUAAACAGGGCACGUAUUGAAUGUCAGAGUCACAAGCUUACAGUUGAGGAUCCUGUAACUGUUGAAUACAUAACUCGUUACAUUGCGGGCCUUCAGCAGAAAUAUACACAAAGUGGUGGUGUGAGACCAUUUGGCCUUUCAACUUUGAUUAUUGGCUUUGAUCCAUACACAGGUAUCCCAUCACUUUAUCAGACAGAUCCAUCAGGAACAUUCUCAGCAUGGAAAGCCAAUGCAACUGGAAGAAACUCAAAUUCAAUUAGGGAGUUUUUGGAGAAAAAUUACAGAGAAACUUCUGGGCAAGAAACUGUCAAAUUAGCCAUCCGUGCUUUGCUUGAAGUUGUUGAAAGUGGGGGGAAAAACAUAGAAAUUGCCGUUAUGACAAAGGAGCAUGGGCUACGGCAGUUAGAAGAAGCUGAAAUUGAUGCCAUAGUUGCUGAGAUCGAAGCAGAGAAAGCUGCAGCUGAGGCUGCUAAGAAGGCCCCUCCAAAAGAGACAUAGUUCUACAACUGUUUGAUACUCCAUUUUUCAGUUUCUUGCCCUAUCUCGGUGAGGCCUGCUGUUUUCUGCACGACUUCUUUAAAGUUUGAUUUGUUUGUCAAGAAGGAUUGCUGUUUAGUGAAUUUUUUUUGUUUUUGUAAUGGUUGUUAGAAAUCUAUGAGCAUUGUUAACAUGUUGACCUUUUUCCUUUCUUACUAGUAUUCCUUGCAUUUA